AUGCUCGUAUCCAGCGUGCUUUCCGGCUCAAUGAGUCCCAGCGAAAUCGGUUUUGAGGGCGCCGGCGCCGGCGGCAGCGGCAGCUUCUUCGACCACCCCACUCCUUCAGCCCGCGACCAAAUCCUCCGUCCAAACAGUUUCUCCUCAAGUAGUGGCGGCGGCGGCGGCGGCGGCGCCAGCAUCUUCCCACCUCCUCUUAAUCAGGCCCUUGGGACUAAAUUCGGUCACGUGGGGGGCAGCGGGAGUGCCACAGCUCCCCUCUCCCUUAAUCCGGAUCCUUUACUAAUUCUACAGCAGCGUGAAGCCCAAAUAAUCCAGUCUAUCCGCCAGCUGCACGGAAAAUACCAGGUUCGUGCGUGUGUAAACAUGUUAAAGUUGGGCAUGCAGGAAAUUUACGUUUUCCAUUCCUACCAAUCUGUAAUUCAUAUUGACCCAACUGUGAAAAACGCGGCGUCUCGAUGGGUUUCGAACCCAUGACAGAAAGGGGAAGACUUUAGUACAGCCGACGUCCUAGCCACAUGAGCUACGAGGGCCCACCGGGAGACGCGAGUUUAAUCACAUUUGGGUCAAGUUGUCCGCCCAACCUACCGCAGCAUCUGAAAUCCACAAAAUAUGUUCCAGUAAGCUGAUUGGCCAAGCAGGAUUUCCUAAGUAAUUCACCUAGAAUCCACCAGAUUGCCCAGGCUCACGUAAUUUAUAGAUGUUUUGGCAGUUUAUAUAGCUUUUCCUAAUCUUCCUUUCGACUUUAAUUGUCUGACCUGCCUUAUGUAAACAGCACUGGAUAUGACUUAACCCACCCCAGUAACCUUAUUCCUAGAGUAAUAAACGCGUAGGUCGUCGUGCAACUAAAUUUAGCUGCUUUGCUGGGCUCUAUGAUGGUGAAGUGUGUCAUAGUUGGGAAGACAAUGCCAGUCAAGAGGCCUGCUUUUUCAACAACGGGUACGGCCGGCGUCCCGGUGAUCUACUGUUCUCGAGUUUUUGCUUAUUCUUGCGUAGGCAGUUGUUGAAUCAAUAAGCGGACUGCGGGAACUCUUUGCAUUAUCCCUGUUCUGGCGGUCCGCGCUGGGGUCCUUUAGUGCAUCCACGUGUUUCACACAGUUGGUUUCAAUCGUCCCCAGGAGGUAAACCAAACAACCUAAAUCCGAGGACCAUGUGACUUCGUCGUCCCCUCAUGACAGACGACGGAAAUGUAUUUAGAGCAACAACAGUGAACUCUUUGAGUGGGUAGCCACUAAGACCGUCCUUUUGUGCCGUGGUAUGGCCUGCCAAGUUUAUGGCAACGAGUGCGAACUGUUUAGGACUAACCCUAUGACGAUCGCUGUGAGGCAGUGUAUGUCGGUGUAGGUCAUUAUUAUUUAGGGUAGGAGCUGCUGUCCUUACGUGGAGGAACGGUGUCAACUUGCCGCCUAGUGGGUUCAUCCCCUUUCUAUUGCAAACACUAAAUGUUACUUAUAUCAAGUUAGUAGCAUUUAUAGGUUAAGAUGCCAAACUACAUAGGCAGGCAUGAGCAACUACGCGUUCUAGGGAUUCAUUAUCUCCACAGCUGGGCUAUGCGUUUUAGACUGUGACUGUUAUGAAGCUACCGGUAGUCUCGGUCUCCACUACCACUACAGGGAACUCACUGCAGGAAGUCAGCGCGUCGGUUUGUCUGGCGGUCUUACCUCUUGGGCAUCCUCCCACGCCCUCGAACGCUCGACCUCGACACCAACUAAAAGUUACGCAUAGUCCAUACCACAGUUUAAACUUUUCGGCAAGAGGAGGAUCAAGCUAGAUUUACCUCAGUCCCGUUCCUCUGAGGACAAAUUUAAGGUUGGCUGUCGUUGUGUUCCUCCAAGAAGCUUUAGUUCAGACACCAUUCGGAUGGCGCGUCCCUGGAACUCUUCUUGAAUUUGCACAUACCUCUUCAGCUAUGGCCUCCUGGCAUGGGCCACGCAACACCCGAGGCUUAA